UUGCUUUCAAGAUGGCGUUGUUGGGGGCUCCGCGGAGCCUGGCGGCUCUCGCCGCCUUCCAUCGGCGCAGGCUGCUGGCAGCUUCCCUGCUCCGGCAGCCGGCGGCCUGCGUCCACGGCUGGACAGCCGGCAGCGGGCUGAAGCGGAGCCAGCCCUCCCCGCGGAUCUAUCAGAUUCCCAAGACAUUCAGACAAGCUACAUGGCAGAGUUUGGGGAGUGGCUAUUCAAGACAAUUAUUAGAUGCUGCAAAGAAUCUCCAGUGCGGGCCACUGAUAGAUAAGAGAACAUGUUGGCAUGGUCAUGCAGGUGGAGGACUCCACACAGAUCCAAAGCAAGGGCUGAAAGAGAUAGAUGCUGGGAAGAUUAUCAGGGCAAUGUUAUCUUAUGUAUGGCCCAAAGACAGACCAGACCUACGAGCCAGAGUUGUCAUCUCUCUAGGAUUUUUGGCAGGUGCAAAGGGCAUGAAUAUAGUGGUUCCCUUCAUGUUUAAAUAUGCAGUAGACAACCUCAACCAGAUGUCUGGAAACAUGCUGAACCUGAGUGAUGCACCACAUACAGUUGCAACCAUGGCAACAGCUGUUCUGAUUGGCUAUGGUGUGUCAAGAGCUGGGGCUGCCUUAUUUAAUGAAGCGAGAAAUGCAGUAUUUGGGAAAGUAGCCCAAAAUUCUAUCAGAAGGAUAGCAAAGAAUGUCUUUCUCCAUCUGCAUAACCUGGAUUUGGGUUUCCACCUGGACAGACAGACAGGAGCUCUGUCAAAAGCUAUUGACAGGGGAACAAGGGGCAUCAGCUUUGUGCUGAGUGCUUUAGUAUUUAAUCUGGGACCCACCGUAUUUGAAAUGGCACUUGUGAGUGGAAUUCUGUAUUAUAAAUGCGGUGCACCAUUUGCAUUUGUAGCCCUGGGGACACUCGGUGCAUAUACAGCAUUCACGAUAGGAGUUACACAGUGGAGGACUAAAUUUAGAAUAGAAAUGAACAAAGCAGAUAACGAUGCAGGUAAUGCUGCAAUUGACUCGCUGUUAAAUUAUGAAACUGUGAAGUAUUUCAAUAAUGAAAAAUAUGAAGCCCAGCGAUAUGAUGGAUUUUUGAAGACCUAUGAAAAUGCCUCACUGAAGACUACCUCUACCUUAGCUAUGCUGAACUUUGGGCAAAGCGCUAUAUUCAGCGUUGGCUUAACAGCCAUUAUGGUGCUUGCUAGUCAGGGAAUUGUUGCAGGGAACUUGACAGUUGGGGAUCUGGUAAUGGUGAAUGGACUGCUAUUCCAGCUUUCUCUACCACUUAACUUCCUGGGAACAGUGUACAGAGAGACUAGGCAAGCUCUCAUAGAUAUGAACACCUUGUUUACACUGCUUAGCGUAGACACAAGAAUUAAAGACAAAGAGCUGGCUCCACCGCUGCACAUCACACCACAGACUGCUACCAUCGCCUUUGAUAACGUGUAUUUUGAAUACCUUGAGGGGCAGAAAGUCCUUAAUGGAGUGUCUUUUGAAGUCCCUGCAGGAAAGAAAGUGGCCAUUGUAGGAGGUAGUGGGUCAGGAAAAAGCACAAUAGUAAGAUUACUAUUCCGCUUCUUUGAACCCCAGAAAGGAAAUAUUUAUGUUGCUGGUCAGAAUAUACAAGACAUCAGCUUGGAAAGCCUGAGGAAGGCUAUAGGCGUUGUACCUCAGGAUGCCGUUCUAUUCCAUAACACCAUCUACUACAACCUCUUGUAUGGUAAUAUUGGUGCAUCAGCAGAAGAGGUGUAUGCAGUAGCAAAGUUGGCAGGAAUCCAUGAUGCUAUUACCCGAAUGCCCAAUGGGUACAACACACAAGUUGGUGAACGAGGACUCAAGCUCUCAGGAGGGGAAAAGCAAAGAGUCGCUAUUGCCAGAGCCAUCUUAAAGAAUCCUCCUAUUAUUCUCUACGAUGAAGCCACAUCAUCUUUAGAUUCAAUUACAGAAGAGAACAUUCUCAGUGCCAUGAGGGACCUGGUAAAGCACAGAACAACUGUUUUCAUUGCACACAGAUUGUCAACAGUAGUUGAUGCAGAUGAAAUCCUUGUCCUGGAUCAGGGUAAAGUUGCUGAGCGUGGUAGCCAUUUAGAUCUUCUUGCCAGUCCCAGCAGUCUCUACUAUGAGAUGUGGCACACACAGAGCAGCAGAAUACUAAAUAGUAAUAUCAACCAGAAAUGGGAAGAGAGAAAUAACCAUAUGUCCAAAGAAGAGGAAAGGAAGAAACUACAAGAGGAAAUUAUCAACAGUGUGAAGGGCUGUGGAAACUGUUCCUGCUAAAUGUGCGAUGCAGGAUUAAAUUUCUGCUGCUGGUUAAAGGGUGAUACAAGACUGCACUGAAGCACAGCUGUGAUUUGAAAACAUAAACAAUUCAGACACUUCCUGGUUGGUUUUGGUUUUUUACGGUAUCUCAACGCAGCAUAACUUCUCUAACCAAAGGAUUUAUUUCUACAUUGUCAGAAUCUCUAAUAUUUAAUGAGGUGCGUGAGAGCUUUUGAAAAACUCAAUUUAUUGCUAAUUAACAAGGCAUAUUUUUAUGGAUGUUUCAGACAUUUAUACAUUUUACUGGCAAUCACUUGUCAAAUGACCUAGAUCAUUCAGCUGGCAAAGAUGGAAUUAUUUGAACUGUAUCAUUAAGUGGUAAACAGACUUGUUCUUCGUUUAUUUUCCACUAUUGAUGGCUGGCAAAGGUGUUUUAUAUUUUUAAUGUGAUUCAGUUAACUUGAAUGUGUAUGCUAAAAAAUAAGAUGUACUUAGUUCUAUUAAAUGACUCUCUGGCUUGACAUAACGCGUUUCCUUUUUAAGAACAACAAAGCAAAAAUCCUCUAGUAGCAAAAUCAAAUUUUGGGGAGGGGGAAUAGCAGGGGAGGAGCCGGAGGCAAGCCUCCCAGGGCAGGAGCUCAGAGGACGAGCAGGAGAGUCCCGCGGGCCGUAGUUUGCCCAACUCUGAACUAAGGGCUUAACUGUUGGAGGAGAACCUUGGAUGUUGAACUCAAGUCUUGGCGGCAGAAUAUUUCAGGUCACCUUAAAGAUUUGUUAAGGAAUUCACUUCCUAAUAAAACUGGAAAUUAACUUCUUCCAAAUGAGUAAAAUAAGGUAAAGAACAAGACCAAAGCCAGAAUUUUCAGUUUUCACUAAUUUGGGUGCCUAACUUGUGCUUGAUUUUUUUGACGUUAAUGGGAGCUGCAGGUCCUGUUUACCUCUGAAAAUUGAGCAUGUAGGUGCCUCCAGGUGGAUGCCCAGAAAGUGAAGAACCCAAAGUUACUGAACGCUUAUUAAAAUGUGGCUGCAAAUGUAAAUUUACUUUUUUUUGAUGCUGUAACAUUCAUUUUAGCUGAACCUGUCAUCAAGCUAGCUACAAAAAACUUGUCAAAGUAAAGGAGGCUGCGCUUUUGAUUUCUUCCUUUUUGGCUAGUCUCAUUCUCUCUCUUAAAAUUAUGUAAGAGAAAAAUAAUCUGUGCCAAUACGUAACAUAUGCUCAAUUAAAAAUUACUGUAAAGAGAGUGUCAAAAUACAAAGAUGAAUGACCUUCAGCCUUGGUGUGCAGAAUCAAGGUAAAAUCAUGGUGAUCUGUGGUGACAGUUCAGAAUUAUUUCUAUUUAGGGGCUCUCUUUUAUUUUCCCUAAUGGAACGUCUCCUUUUUAAAUUUGUUUUAGCAGUACAAGAACGACAAACAAUAUAAUAAUCUCAACUGCCAGAAACAGUUAGCAAAGGGUUAAUAAAAGUCCCUUUUGAGACUUUCUCCCUUUCAUAUAUGAUGUGACUUCAAAUAACUCAACUAGAUUUUUUAAAUUAAAUAACUUAUGCAGUAUCUACUGCUGUAUGUACUGAAUUAUGUACAAAAGCUAUAUUUAAUAACGUUUCAAUAUUUUCUUAAACACCUUCGUUGCUUUGACACAUUACUUGACGUUUACAUGUUUUAGUGAUUGUGAUGUGAAUUCAAUUGUGGUUACAAGUUUUUCUGAAUGGACAAUUGCCCACAUAUUACCAGGUUUAUAUAGUCUGUUCAUUGCCUAAAAAUAGAUCUAACACUAGCAUUAUCUUGAAAGUAUCUGAAACAAACCAAUAAUUCCUUUGCUAGAAUAUAUGAUACAGGAAACCUGCUUUGGCAGCUAAGUAAGUGCUGUAAUGAAGCUGACGUGUCUUAAUCAGUUGCACAAAGUUUUGUGUGUCCGUGUACUCCAGAACUUUGUGUGUGUUUGCCAUUGUAGGAAAGGGUGAUCUUUUUAGCCAGCAAAUACCAUGAAGGUUAUGUUGUUAAUUUUGUAAAGGGUUUGGAGCAGAGGUGUGGCUAUUGCUAAACUGCACAUCACCACCAUCAGUUUGGAGAGGGCGGGGAAUGUAGGAGAUUGGGAAGGCCUCUAAACUGAUUUUAGUGAUAAGUGAGAUUUUUUUCCCCAUGUCCUAUAUAUUCUCCUGUACCUAAAAGAGAAGAGAAUUUACUUAGAAACAGAUAAUUGUUGGAAAGCUGGCGGGUUACAAAUUGACUUGGUUUUGCCACUGCUCCAGCUCUGCGUUACUCCAUCGAACAGAUGUGAGACCAAAAUGAGUAUUAUGUCUUGCCUGGUGAGCAGGAAUGUCAAAGGAGUAGUAGCAUUUCACUUAUUAAUCUUCGUGUUUAUUAGAGAUGUAAAACUUUGGUUCUGAAUUUGUUAGGAUUGGAUUUGUGUAUUCAUGUGUCAUGCAUUUACAUUGGCUAUUCUAAACAGGCCUUUUAGAGUACUUGCUGACCUGAAGAAUCACAGCUUAGGAGGACUUGAACAAAUACAGAGAGGUGUGCCAAGUUUUGGGGCAGAGGAUGUCCUGUUAAAAUCCCUAAUUUACAGUCUCUGGUGGGAAAAUUGGUUCAUUUUGAAACCUUCUCAUAGCUGCUGUGAACAGCUGUAGGUGCUGUUAACAUGGGGGGUAGCAAAACUGAUACAUCACUGUUCUAAAACAGCAUCUUUACAUAAUGUUUGGAAGUCUUGUGGUCUGGGCACAGGUCACUGGUAAAAAUUAAACCAGUCCGCAACAGUUAUAAAACCAAAGCUUGCCAUGUUGGCAUGAAAAAGUCUGGACUAAAUAAUGCUACUUAAAUUCAUUUUUUGUUUCUAGAAGAACUUGCACCUCUUCAAUUGUGUUAAUUAUUUCUAGAUAUGUAUACUUGUUUGAGAUGCAUAUCCUAAUUGUUUAAAAUGACUGCUUCUCAAAGCAAGAAUCAGCCUAACAGCUCUAAACAUCUUGACUUUAGAUUUAUUUUUUGUUCCCAAGCAAAAGCUGUCUGAACAGAGAAUAUAAAGAUAAAUACAUAAAUGUCUCUAGUUACUGUUAUAAUUUGCUACGGUUAGCAAAUUUGGGGUCUUUACAAAUGUGAAUUUAUAAUUCUGCAGUGCAGGUGGUUUCACAGUUUUAUGCCUGGCUAUUCUGUCACUACUAAUCCAUAACAGCAUUUAAAUAUGUUUGAAAUUCAGAUGUGAAAUUGUCAGUUUUCUUUACAGUAUGGGAAAAUAAAAUGUUAAUCGUACAUUACAGAUAAGAUACUCAAUGUCCAUCAAAAGCCAGUUAAAACCAUGUUGUAUAAACUUUCAGCUGGAAAACUCCUUACCGUAACUCCAUUGUUAAUCUGUGCAUAGGUAAUUAUUACUAAUUAAAUGAUUUAUCUUGUGAAUAGAAAUGUGUGUCCUGUUGAAACGAUGCUUACAGCUUUACAGCAGUUCCCGGGAGAAACCAAUAGUUUGUCAGUAAGAUGCUCAGAAUAAGAACAGAUAUGAUUUUAAUAGAAGCUGUGGGAGUGUUGCCCUGCAUCCACUCAGAAGAGAGCUUCAAAUUGUUUCUUAGUAAAAGUAAUUGUUUGCCGUCCUCAGUAACAUCAGUGACGUUGAUUGCUAGUUAUAUUGCUUUAGGAUAGUAUUAGGUAAUCAGAAAUUUUGGAUGAUCAGUCAGAGAAAGGUAAGUUGAUAUUGUGCACCCAAAUUUUCCUCUAUCACCCCACCAUACACACUUAUUUAUUGUUCGAAGAAAAACAAAAACAAUUGUUUGACUCCAUAAAGAGCUUCUGUAUUAGCUAGGUCAUACUGAAGAAUAUCCAUGUUUUCUUAGUAAAAGCUUCUUUUUUUUUUUUAGUUUAAAAUCAUGCAUCAUUCGUAUAUUUCUUACAUACAUUUACAGCUAAAUACUCCCACCCCCUCCCCAUCAACUCCUCCAGCACUUAUUGUUUACAAUAGCUGUUGAGCCAUACUCUCUUGAGACUCAAAAGCUCUCUACUCACUGUUUCUCUGUGCAUCUGUAGUUCUAGCUUUCCCGUUGGAAAUGGAAGUAUGAAAUAUACUUACUGCAACCCAAUUUAUCAUGUAGUUGUGCUGAUGCAUUAUGUUGAACACACUUGAGUUGCACUAGCCACAUGCCAUGGUAUCACUUCAUUAUAUAGUUAGGGUGUUUGAGCUCUGCAUUGUCUUGCAGAGAGUGCUGUAUUACUGGAAUGAAGGAGAGUGAUCCUGAAAUGGAUUGUUUGAGUUUGAAUAUAGCGUCCUCCAGCUGUUAUUUCUAAAGUUUCAUUUACCACAUCUUUUAAUAAUAGUAUGCAGAAAUGUUCUACAAAUGUUGACU